AUGGCUGAGCUGUUCUCGGGUGCGCCGAUAGGCAAUUAUGACGCCAGCUAUCUGAUUUCCCUUGUCAGGUGAGGUUUUUAAAGUGAGAGCACUUUUUUUGUCUUUUUUGAUGAGUUUUAAUGCUCUUCAUACCAUUGGAAUCCGAAAAUUCGUUUUUUUUGAAGGAAUAUAACUUCUAUUCAUUUUAAAUCAGUAACUUGGCCAGGUUAAUGUAGGUUUCAGCGUGGUAAUAAUAAGAAAUGAAUUAAUUUUCACUCGUUGCUUUUUUUAGAAUGCCCAAAAUGAUUCUUUUUCAUGACCAAGAACUGGAAAGUACUUCAAAAUGGCUUUUUUUCAAUCAGAACUUGUAAUUUUUGAUUUAAUUAACAUUUUUCUGGAAAAUGGCUAGGUGAGCAUAUUAAUUGGUGUACUUGGAGAAGGCUCGAAAAAUGACGAAUUCCUGGAUUUUUGAGAAAAAGACGUCCAAAAUGUCCUAUUCCACUAGUUACUCACAAUUUUCUUUGAUUUUGAAGGUUUUUCGAGAAUUUUCCUGGUUCAGACUCUGAAAAUCUUCAUUGGGAAGUUUCUGACCAUUUUUUAAGGACAUUUUGAAGUUAAAAGCACAUUUUUUUCCCUUUUAAGGAGUCAAAGGGUUUUCAGAUUGAGACUCCAACAGUACUUGAAAGAAAUUACAGAAGAUUUCAGGAUUUAGAGUCCCUUAUAAGGAAUGAAACAGUUAAAAAAGGCUCAAGAGAGAGGUUCGAAGCAAUUUUUUUUACGAAAUUAAAAUAUUGGCAGCUUCAUCUAACACAUAAAACAGUAUAUGGAUUUUUAGAAAGUUCAAAAAAAUUUUUUUAUUUGAUUUUUCUUGUAAGGGAUGAGAAAUUUCGAAACCGUUAUCUAGUAGAUCAGACAAUAUUCGAACAAAUUUAAAAAAAUUUUUCCGGUCUACAAGUGCUUUCCGGGUGUGGAAUGAAGGUGAUGGAAAAGGACUUUUCAGACUACUUUCAAAAAAAUUUUUUUGACCGCAAAAAAAAUUUCUUCCUUGUUAGUUAUUUUUAGUAAAUCAGACCGUUUUGGAACAGUUUUUUUAGACAAUUUUAGAGUUCAAAGCAUACGCCGGCUGAAGAGUUUUACUGUCCGAACUACUAGAUAACGGUUUCCCAUCUCUUGCAAGGAAGUUAAAUAUUUCCGAAAGUUCAUAUUCACUUCCCCCAAACCCCCCCUAACUUUCAAAUUUUUUUCGCGCUCAAAAAAAGCUGGGGUGUGAUCCAGCCGAUGUAUGACUUGAAGUAUAACCCCCCCUUCCCCCGGAGAAGUGUGGCUGUCGGACUUAAAGUAUAACUAACCUCGAAGAAAACAAGAAAAAAUGGUUCAGCUCGGUGGCGACGUCGCGUCAGAAGACGUCGAGCCCGUCGGACGACACCUUGCCCGUCGAAUCGCACACGGACGGCUCCUGCACGCCGGACGACGCCUCCUCGGUUGCGUCAGCGUCUUCAGAUGGCGCGCCGCCGGCCAAACGUCGCCGAAAGCCCGACGGUAGGUCCGAAAACAUCUGUCCCCUUCUGUCGUGUCCUCGCGCCGGCUUCAUCAAACGGCCCUUUCUUUUGUUCUCUCACUCCUUUUACGGUUGCGCAACUUUGUCUUGAGAAGCUCCUUGAUGGGGAUUUUUGAAUUUUGAGCUUUUUUUUGUUCUUCUAGAGCUUUUCCACUCCUUCUACUGGUUCCAGGGGGGUUGUAACAUUUUUUGUACUGACAAGAGAGGUCUUAGGGCUUGGGAUUUCCCCGGAACUUGGCCAGAACGCUCUUGGAUGUGCCAGAAGUACAUUCUGAAAGUUUCAACUUCUAGUUUUUGAGAAAACGCCUCAAAAUCCAUUAAAAGGGCUGUUUUUAGACUUCAAGCUCUUGUUUCUCUAAAACUAGAAAGUUCUGCAGAUUGAGACUUUCAGAAUCUUCUUCUGGUACGUCAAGAAGUGUUCUGACCAAUUUUCAGGAAAAAAAAAGUAAAGUGACCUUCCCUGUGAGGCUCCUUUCACAUUAGAAAAAAGACCUUUCAUGAUUUUUUGAUUUUUUACCCACUUCUAACUUAAUUUUGAAACAUUUCAAGCCCUUAAGGCUUUAAAAAUGUUUUCAGAUGAUAGCGAUAACGGAUGGGGAACGAGUUUUGAUCCCAAAGGUUUUAAUUAAGACUUUGUCUUGAAACGUAUCUUGGACUUUUUUCAGAAAUUUACCAUUUUGGUCAAAUUUUCAGCGUUUUUGUUGAGAUUUUGAGCAUUUCCAUUUAAAAAUCAUGUUCUAGGGUAAACAAAACCUACAGAAAGUUUCAAGGGUAAAAAUAAUUUUCGACGAGUUUUUUGGGCCCCCACAAAGCUUAUCUCAUCGUAACCAUCAAACUUGCCAUUUUUUCCGAAAAACUUCACCUCGUCACGCUCAAUACCUUAUUUGGCAGCAGGAAGAUAAAGGUAUAAAAAAAAGGCAGUGAGAAGGCUGAAAAAUGUCCUUGGCGCGACGUGUUCGCUCAAUUAUCCCUGUUGACUUUCCCGUUUUUUUUUCUCAUUUUCUUUAUUUUUUCCGGCGCGUCAUUGUCACCGUAAACUAUUGACCGUUGGGUUUACGGUAACCUGGAGGAAGUUUUGAAGGAAUUUUAGAGGUACAGGAAUUUUUUAAGGUGGGAAAAGACCUUGAAAAGGGCACCUAUAGUGACUUUUUGACCUCUGUGGCCCUAGAGUGACCUCUUGGAUUUUUUAAGCUGCAGUAUUUUUGCUUCAAAGGCCCAAAAUAUUGAGAAUAGGAUUGAAAUUUUCUGAAAAUAAUUUUAUAACAAAAAUGAGAAUUUGAUAUCUGCUUUCAACGGUAGAUUUAUAAGGCUAAAAAAUGCUUCGACAUCACUAAAAUGACCACUCCAACCUCUCAGCCCCUAUAGUGACUCCUCUCCUUCUCAGAAGAGUAGGCCGAAAGGCGAGAAGAAGAAGCUCUUUUUGGCCCAUCAAGUGGCGCCGAAAAAGGGUCGACAGAUGGUACAGACGAAGGGACGCAUCUUCUUCCAUCUUCGUCAAGUUUUCCGCUUCUCUAGGUCGUUUUUUGCUCCCCUCUUUCUUGGUUCUUCGAGCUUAAUUAGGAAGUCGGAGCUUGAGAAGGUUUUCCGGUAG